AUGGUCAAACGUGCCCAAUCCAACCGUGUCAAGGCCCAUUUGCAUGUGAAGAAGAAAGAAAAUGACAUCAAGAAAGCCCUUGCAGAAUACGAGCGCGAGCAGGCCAAACCAGCCAACUUGGGAAGACCAAAGUCUAUUGACAACAUAGCGAAGACAUACGGCCUAUCCUAUGGUACUCUACAUCGUCGUAUCAAGGGUGGGAAGAGUCGGCAGGAGGCACACGCAUCACAACAGAAACUGUCACCUGCUCAAGAAUGGGCCCUUGUGGGAUUCAUACGUGAAUCGGCCGACAUGGGGUUCCCACUGACCCACAAGCAGAUCAUAGAGUAUACAAAUGCGGUGCGACAGGCAAUGCACGGAACAGAAUGCGAGGCAGUGGGAAAGAAAUGGGUCUUUGCGUUCCUUGAUCAGCACAGCGAGAGCUUGCAAACGCACUGGAGCAAGCCACUUGAUUCCCAGCGUGCAAAGAGUCUAAACGAGACUGCCGUGGCAUCGUGGGUUGAGCUGGUGAGGAAGUGGGUGGUGGAGCUUGCAGUUGCACCGGAAUGUGUCUAUGGCAUGGAUGAAAGCGGUUUUCCGACAGGCUACACAGGAAAGGACAGGGUGGUGGGGGCAAGAGGGACAAAGACACAGCACAAGCAGGGAGGAGCGAGUCGUCAGAAUAUCACAGCUCUGGUGACAAUACGUGCAGAUGGGAAGAUGGUUGUGCCACCCAUGAUCAUCUUCCCAGGGUCAAAGUUCCAGUCGUCGUGGAACAACAGAAACACUAUCAAUGCAUUCAUCUCUCGUUCUCUCAAUGGAUGGACCGACCAUGACCGUGGUUAUGAAUGGCUGAUGAAAGUCUUUGACCCUGCAACCAAGGAGGAAGCAGCAGGGAGACCGCGUGUGCUCCUACUCGACGGGCAUGUGACAAUCAACCCAAAAACAAAGUCGAAAAGAGAAGUGAAUUCGAAGACUGGAGAAUACAACCAGGUAGCUACAGUAUUUAUACCCAAAUCCAGUCUGAGUCAUAUCUACAACUAA